AUGAGAUCGCGUCGAGUGAGCGGCUAUAACAUUGGUGGCUUGAGCGACGUUUGCGUGACACUUUCGUCCAAAACACACAACAUGAUGGUUGCUGUAGUGACAUUUGCCUUGCAUAAACUAAUUUUAAUCUUAGUUGUAAAUCAGGUCUACUGCGACUCCUUUAGCUCUCCUAACCCCCGAGCUGGUGACGUCAUCGACAAGUUCGAGCUGGACAUGGGCUCUAGUGGACCGAAGUCCAGCUUGUUCUCCGAGUGCCAAGCUCUAGCCAACACCAUCGAGGGAAGCCUGUACUCUGUUCCCAUCUCGGAAAAUAUUGAAUACCUUCGCUUCGCCCCUCUCCAAAGUCGUGCGAUGGAAUGGACAGAAUUAACAAUUGAUGGUGACACAGGAGUCCUAGCGUGCAUCCUGAAGGCGGCCGAGCUUAUGGCCUGGAUGGUCAAGUACGAAGGCAAAUGUCUUGCCACAUUCAGCGACGUCUACAACUCCACUGAAGAACAGAGCUGCGACAACCCGCAGGAGGUAGUUUACGUCAUCACAGAUGCCAAUCUGGCCAUCGACUACAGCCGCGGAAAGGAUGGCGUGUGGCGCUGGCCCGGCGGUGAGGAGAAGUCGUUUCCAUGGGUGGAACAACCAGAAGACUAUCACGAUUGCGCCCUCGGGAACAACUGA